AACCAAGUAUAAAAAGUGCAAUUGAUGACUUAAACAGUGAUAAAGAUAUCAGUGGUGGUAGUAUAAAAGUUGCCUGGAACAAUGCCCCUGGAUACAAAAGUGGCUACAUUGUAGAACUUAAAGAUGGAGAAACUUUAAAGUUUACUAGGACUGUUAACGGUGUUUCUGUAACAUUUUCAAGUUCUGGGUUAAAGAAUGGAUACAAUUAUGAUGUUACAAUACAAGCAAAAAGUGAACAGUUUGAUAAUGGGAAGACUGUACUGGGAGACAUUUUUACUUCGAAAUUUAAAACCACUCCAAAAUUACCUGAACCACCAAUAAAUGGUGAAUGUAAAGCUCCUUCAGACAGUUCUAUAUUGCUUGAUUGGGAAGCAGCAACAAAUCCAAAUGGUGAUUUAGUACAGUACAACAUCCAUGUUUUUAAACACAGUUAUCUUGUGUUUAACAAUGUCAGCUCAACAGGGACAAAAACAGAUAAAACUGUUGGAAAUCUUGAACCAGGAACCUACUACACGUUUAAAAUAUACACGGUGAAUGAAGUAGGACAAUCAACAACUGCUCUACAAGUUUCUUCCACAAGCUGCAGAACAAGAUAUAGGAUGUCAACUAAGCCAGAUAAUUUACAAGUAACAGAUGUUACAAGCCGAAGCUUUCUUAUAAAUUGGGAUAAACCUAUAAACACGUACAGUGCUGAGAAUUACGGAUAUGUUCUGCAAGUUAAGGAUGAUAAAGGUGCUUGUAAGGAAGAGGUCCUUUACAAAUGUUCAGACUGUGAAGGAAGUUUUCAGGUUUUUUCCGAACUUUUAGGAUUAUGCGAUCAGAAUAAGCAGCCUGAUUUCACUAUAAGUAAAGCUCAGUUAGCAAGCCAAUUGUCAUAUAAUGCAAGUCUUAAUCCAGAUACAAACUACACUGUGACUGUUACAGCAAUAAAUGAUGAAGGGAGAGGUCAUCCUGCCACAGUGACUCAAAUAACAAAUGAAGAAGUUCCCCAGAUUCCAUAUGAUGUUAAAGUUGUAGGUAAGAAUGCAACAUCAUUUGACUUGACAUGGAGUAUAGAUGGACCAAGACCGGGACAGACAAACUAUUUGAUAAUGCUUGAAGCAGAUGCUCCUGCAGAGUCAAAGAACUUUACGGCUACCGGGUUUGCUUUGAGGGAAUACACAGCAUAUGGACUACAGGAGUUUUGGAAUUAUAGCGUCUCUGUGAUUGCCAGUACAUCAAUUGGUAGAAGUAAAUCAACAGUGUCAAAUAAGUACAGGACCUUGCCUGCAGCACCUGGCAAAGUUUCCGAAUUUUCUGUAGAACUUCAUCCUGAUGGAGACUUUACGAAAAUAAAGAUAUCCUGGAAAAUGCCGACUGUAUUAGAAAGAAAUGGGGUCAUCGAAGGUUAUCGUUUUGAAAACUCUGCACCAGGGAAUGUGACAGCAACAACAAAUUUCCUACAGAAUAAUUUUGAAGAUUAUCUUUACAAAAUAACAGUAUAUGUAGUGCCAGAAGAAGAAUAUACAUUUAAGGCGUAUGCUAUAAAUGAAGAUCAAAUGAAAGGAGAACAUAUUAUGGUUACACAAGUUGCUCCAGCAGGAGGUUUAUUUAAAUUUUUUAUCUAUUUCUUGGUAACUUUCAACUUUUGA